CGCCGCAGGCCAACGACGACCAUGAAGCUCGCCCUCCUCGCCCUCGCGGCCACGACGGCGCACGCCGCCUGCCCGAACUCCUGCUCCGGCCACGGCACGUGCGGCGCCGACGACACGUGCACGUGCUACCAGGACUGGGUCAUGGGCGACCAGGACGGCGGCGACUGCUCGGACCGCCGCUGCCCCUACCAGGUCGCCUGGUCGGCCGGCCCCGACAAGACGGGCAACAUCCACACGUACGCCGAGUGCGCCGGCGUCGGCAUCUGCGACCGCGGCUCGGGCGACUGCGAGUGCUUCGAGGGCUACACGGGCCGCGGCUGCGGCCUCCAGACCUGCCAGAACGACUGCUCGGGCCACGGCGAGUGCGUCUACGCCGAGGACGUGACCUUCGGCACCGUCUACGGCGACUACGCCGGCGUCCCCGAUGCCAACGGCGACAUAGUUGCCAGCGGCGUCGGCGUCGGCGCCUCCAAGGUCCCCCAGAAGCCCAACUGGGACUCGGGCAAGGUGCGCAUGUGCGUCUGCGAGCCGGGCUACACGGACAUCGACUGCUCGCGCCGCAUGUGCCCCAAGGGCAACGACGUCAUGGACGAGCGUUUGGACCUGACCACGUCGCUCAAGUACCAGACGCAGACCGUGACGCUCAUCGGCGCCGGCGCCCUCGGCGACGGCAAGGUGUCCGUGUCCGGCUGCGGCGACACCACAGACGCCGCCGCCACCGACGCGUGCUUCGGCGACCUCGUCGGCAAGUCGUUCGCCCUCACCUUCACGUCGAAGCUCAACCAGUCCUACACGACGAAGCCCAUCAUCGUCGCGGGUAUCACGGCCAACACGGACGUGGCCGGCGCCCAGGUUGCGACGCAAGAUGCCGUGCAGGCUGCUCUGCACGAGCUCCCCAACUACGUCGUCGACGGCUGCACCGUGACCUGCACGUACGCGUACAAAAUUGGCGUCAGCGCGCUCUACCCGUCCGUGUCGUGCGACAUCGGGUUCAACGGCGGGUCCGUCGCGGGCCCCCAGUACCUCCUGGAGGUCGAGGCCGACAAGUGCGACUCCGGCUGCACGCCCCAGCUGUCGAGCCCGGUCCAGCUCAAGUCCGCCUUGGUGGCCUCGACGGCUCCGGGUUUCGUCAAAGCCUCGGUCGCGACGACGAUUUCUCACGCCACGCCUGGCAGCACGUAUGCUGAUACUAUCGUGAGUAUUGAUGUGGCUGAUGGUACUGGUAUUGCUGAUGACGAUCACAUCCUGAUCGGCAGCGAGAUUUUGAAAGUGACUGACGCCUCCGGUGCCCCCACUCUGGCAGUUGAUCGCGCCCAACAAAGCACGACCGCCCCAGCAACAAUGGCCGAUGGAUCGGAGGUAUUCCUCCUGGCCACCGACUCGGCCGGCGCCCUUGUACCAGACGCGUCCUCGGACAUCCUCUCGAGCGUCUCGGAGUCGACCAAGGCCGACUACAACUCGUUCGAGUGCGGCCGCCGCGGCAAGUGCGACUACUCGUCCGGCGAGUGCGAGUGCUUCGAGGGCUACAUGGGCGACCGCUGCCAGACGCAGACGGCGCUCAUCUGA